AUGACUUCGAAGGUAAUUGCCAUCACAGGCGGGGCGUCUGGUAUUGGUGCUGCCACAGCUCGCCUCAUUGCCGAGCGUGGAGCUUCAGCAAUUUGUGUGGGUGAUCUCUCAUCGCACCUCUUUGACGACUUGAAAGAAUCUAUUCAAGAAAUCAAUCCGUCGACUCGAGUGCACUGCACCGUUUUGGAUGUGACACAAUCCGUCGAGGUUGAAAAAUGGAUUCAAGAAAUUGUGGAUUUGUUCGGAGAUAUCCAUGGUGCAGCCAACAUCGCCGGUAUUGCCCAAGGAGAGGGUAUCCGGAAAUCGCAACCCAAUAUUCUCCAUGAGACAGAUGAGGAAUGGGCAAAAAUCUUUCGAACAAAUCUUGACGGGGUAUUUUAUUCGACAAGGGCCCAAGUGAGAGCCAUGAAAACUCUGGAAAAGGCCGAUCGAAGUAUCGUCAAUGUUGGAAGCAUCGCCGGCAUGUUUCAUGUCCCCGACGUCUAUGCCUACGGGACAUCAAAAGGUGCAUGUGCUUAUUUCACCAAAUGUGUCGCGAAAGACGUGAUUGACUUUGGAGUGCGCGUGAACAAUGUCUCUCCAGGAAUUACGAGAACUCCACUGCUGCCUCAAUUUAACCCCUCCGCAAAAUCCAUAGAUGAGAUUGAAAGGAUGUAUAAAAAGGACGGAUUCAUGCUUUUGCAGCCGGAAGAUAUUGCCCGGACUAUUGCCUGGCUACUGAGUGACGACUCUAAACCGGUGUAUGGUGCAGACCUCAAUGUUGGAGCUCCCCCACCAUGA